UUGCUCGUAAGCACCAUGGAGCUUUUUGGAAGCUUUGUCCGGCCCCACGGUGAGACCUUGGGGUUCCCAGCAUCUCGUCCCGGUAACACGGGCGUGGUGAAGACCUUGGGGAACACCUAUCAGUUCACGGUGGAUGUCAGCGACUUCGCCCCUGAGGACAUCAUUGUCACCACCUCCAACAACCAGAUCGAGGUGCACGCUGAGAAGCUGGCUGCAGAUGGCACCGUCAUGAACACCUUCACCCACAAAUGCCAGCUACCCGAAGACGUGGACCCCACGUCAGUGUCAUCCUCGCUGGGGGACAACGGGAUGCUGACCAUCCGGGCUCAGCGCCAGCCUGCCAAGCACUCUGACCACGUCCAGCAAACCUUCCGGACUGAGAUCAAGAUCUGAGGGGUGGGGG